ACACUCAAAGCAGGGGCUACAUCAGUAAGGCAAAGACAAUAUCCUCUGAAAUUAGAAGCUCGCAAGGGAUUAGUACCUGUGAUUGAAAAGUUUCUCAAAUUUGGGUUGUUAGUGGAAUGUGAAUCCAGGUACAACACACCAAUCUUGCCAGUAAAGAAAGCUGAUGGUAAAAGCUACAGGUUGGUACAGGAUUUGAGAGUAAUCUACAAGAUUAACAGAGGACAUACACCCAGUGGUAGAGAAUCCUUACACACUUUUGACAACACUAACAAAUGAAUUAGGGUGGUUCACUGUUUUAGAUCUCAAGGAUGCCUUUUUCUGCAUUCCUGUGCAUAAGAAUAUCCAAGAACUUUUUGCUUUUGAGUGGGAGAAUCCUGAAACAGGGAGAAAGACUCAGCUCACCUGGACAGUUUUACCACAAGGAUUCAAAACCAGCCCAACCAUAUUCGGAAACCAGCUGGCAAAGGAGCUUGAGGACUGGAGGAAACAAGAACCAGGAGGAGCGGUUCUCCAGUAUGUUGAUGACAUCUUGAUAGCAGCCAAGACACGAGAUGACUGCAUCGAGCUCACUGUAAGUCUGUUGAACUUUUUGGGCCAAAGUGGGUAUCAGGUCUCGAAAGAGAAGGCACAGGUUGCCAGGGAAACAGUAAUAUACCUGGGCCUGGAAAUUUUCCGUGGACAUCGACAACUCAGCAGAGAGCGGAAGGAAGCCAUCUUUCGACUUCCAGAGCCCCAUACCGUAAGGGAGAUGCAGGCCUUCCUGGGAAUGGUAGGUUGGUGUCGCCUAUGGAUAUCAAACUACGGUAUAUUGGUAAGACCUUUAUAUGAGGUCCUUAAAGCAGCUGAAAAAAGGACAAUCAUGUGGACAGAGAAUGCCAGGGCUGCAUUUAAACAGCUGAAACACUCCUUGAUGUCAGCCCCAGCUCUGGGGCUGCCUCACUUGACUAAACCUUUUGAACUCUUUACACAUGAACGACUGAAUGUUGCUCUGGGGGUACUGGCACAGCACCUUGGAGACCAGCGAAGAGCUGUGGCCUGUUUCUCAACACAACCAGACAAUGUAGCCCAGGGUUGGCCAGGAUGCUUGAAAGCUGUGGCAGCAACAGUCCUUCUGAUACAGGAGGCCCGUAAAUUCACCCUUGGGCAGCACAUUGUCGUGUAUGUACCCCAUGCAGUGAUAAAUGUGCUGGAGCAAAAGGGGGGACACUGGCUCUCCCCUAGCAGAAUGCUCAAAUACCAAACUGUGUUAUUAGAACAGGAUGAUGUUACUCUAAAGACAACUUCUGUGGUAAACCCUGCGAUAUUUUUAUCAUCCACAUUACUUGACAGUGUGCCUGAGCAUGAUUGUUUGCAGACAAUAGAGGAAACUUAUUCCAGCAGACCAGACCUGAAAGAUGUUCCUUUGAAGGAUCCAGACUGGGAAUUGUACACUGAUGGAAGCAGCUUCAUGAGAAACGGUAGGAGGAUGACCGGUUACGCUGUAACCACCUCAGAUAAAAUCAUUGCGGCAAAAGCCUUGCCUCCAGAGGAAUCAUCUCAGAAAGCUGAACUCAUUGCACUAACGAGAGCUCUAGAACUGAGUGAGGGGAAGAAGGUGAACAUAUGGACUGAUUCCAAAUAUGCCUUCAGUGUUGUGCAUGCCCACGGAGCUAUUUGGAAGGAACGUGGCCUGCUGACUGCUCAAGAAGCUCCAGAGAUUCGUCGUGUUAUCCAAACCAAUAGGAUUGGACACAGCUGCUCAUCCAUUCCAGCCUGGAGACUGGGUCUACAUCAAGUGCUGGGACAGCGACCCCUUGCAAGCCAAGUGGAAGGGACCAUUCCAAGGUUUGCUGACCACUUUUACUGCGGUCAAGGUUGCUGGCAAGGGACCCCGGAUUCACUACUCCAGGGUGAAGAAAGCUUCUGCUCCCGAAAUCACCAAGAAGACAGAGAUACAAAUCAGAAAGAUGCAGUUUAAACUGUUUUUUGUGUGUUUGCUGUUUGCCCAACUGGUAACCAUGGUUCAGGGUUUACCCCAUGAAUUGCAUAAGACUGUCAUCUAAAAUGUGUCCAAGGUUCUUACGUGGACCAAAGUGGGAGAAUUAAGAAAGAUUUGGAUGAAAUUUGGAAGGGAACUCAAAUUCUACAUGAAGUAGCUUCUAGAAAUAACAUCUUAAAUUUUGAUCAUAUUUUUGAUACCCUCACCUUAUGGUUACCAAACUGGGCCUGGGUAAAAGAAUAUUCAUAAUAGCUGUAAUUGUAGUUAUUAUCUGUGUAACAGCGUGUGGAGCAGCCAGUUGUGUAAACCGGUUCUGUGGGUAAAGAAUAGAGUAGAGACUAGACAAUGUAGAGUUUUGUUAGUCUCUAAAAUGGGGGAAAUGAUGCCAUGAAGAUUUUUUGCCUUUUCUUUUAUAGCCCUAUUAUACUUUUUUUACAACUUCUGUACUCCU